ACCUGGUCUCACCGCACACAGCAACAACAAUUCCAAACGAAACAAUGCAGAUUUUUGCAUUAUUAUACAAGUGAAGGAGCAGAGAGUGCCAUACUUCGCCCGUCUCUGCCUGUGCGUGUGUGAGUGGCGAGCGUGCGAGACUGUGCUGUGCUUGUGGCGGACGACAGCGCAGGCGACAAGCAAACAAACAAACAAGGAACAGGACUUUUCUUUGCGUGGAAAUCUGAUAUAGCCGUGUAUCGGAAUUGGAAUCGGAAUCGGAAUCGAAAUCGGAGUUUAAAUCAGAAGUACGGAUUGACAAUCGCUGGAGCAGAGGGGAGGAGAAUCACUCGAGGCAAGCGACUGUAAUUGCAGCCAUAAUCGUUCAAUGACUGCAGUCGCGGCAGUUUUUCCCGCUGCUGUUGCUGCCGCUGGCCCCGCCCCCUCCGACUCCGCCUCCAUCGCCGCCCCCGCGAAAGCUAAAGAGCACAGUUAACAACGCCCCAGUUCGACGGAGACGGAACGAUAUCGUUGUGGUCCUGGUCAAGAAAGAGGACCAUUUUGAGGACAGACAACCGCGCAGGAGCUAGCAGUCUAUAACUUUCGUAUAUAGAGGCCGCAUAGAGGGAGACCAGAUCAGGAGCAGAUCGGGGAAUCAACGUGUCACGAUGGUGAAGACGUUUCAGGCCUACCUACCGUCCACGAAUCGGACCUACUCAUGUGUUCACUGCCGCGCCCACCUCGCCUCCCACGACGAGCUCAUCUCGAAGUCGUUCCAGGGCAGCCAGGGGCCGGCCUACCUGUUCAACUCGGUGGUGAACGUGGCCUGCGGCCAGACGGAGGAGCGUGUGCUGCUCACCGGCCUCCAUGCGGUGGCGGACAUCUACUGCGAGUGCUGCAAGACGCCGCUCGGCUGGAAGUACGAGCACGCCUACGAGUCCAGCCAGAAGUACAAGGAGGGCAAGUUCAUCAUCGAGCUGGCCCACAUGAUCAAGGAGAACGGCUGGGACUGAAGGGCUGUCCGGCGACUGAUGGGCUAAUGUAGAAAUACCCGGAGCACACCCGUAACAGGAUCAGGAAAACAGGAACAGCAGCAUCAGCAGCAGUGGCAGCAGUGGCAGCGGGAAAAGCAGCGAGUUCACCACACAAAUCAAAAUACACCUGCGGCAAAUGGCAGACAUAGAGUGUUGACAAAAUGGCUAAAGUCUGGAAAAUUGUGAAACAAAAAUGGAAAUGAAAGCAGAAGCGAAAAGCGGGAUCGAGUUUUAGGGUACCACAUUAUAUAUAUGCUAUUAUAUAGUGCAUAACUCGUCGUAUCUUAUAGAACAAAACACAACAAACAAACACACCAAUCAACAAGAUACACCACACGCAUGCGAUCGAUUCACCCAUAUUAUAGAAAGCUUGAUUGGGCUUGGGAAGGAUCUCUGCGCUGGCCGCCAUCUAGGAUUUUCACACUUUCAUUUCGAUCACCAUUACCGCAUAUACCUUUCACCCUUUUGUGUUGCAAGUUGAUUCAAUUAUGCGUACUUUCUGUGCAGUUUGCCUUAAUUCGAUGAUUUCAAAAAUGUAAAACUGGUGAAAGCCACACGCAAAACAAAACUUGCACUGCCAAUAAACAAGAGAAAUGUUUAGCAACCAAUAAUAAUAAAAAACAGAAACAGAACAGCAGCAGGAACCAUUUGAAACACAUGCGAAAUCAAAAACCAGGAAAACAAACUGAUACAACUCACUCACACACACACAGACACACAUUUUCAACGUAGUAGUUAUAUUUAAUAAAAUAAUUAAAAAUAAUUAUUUAAUGCAAUUUAGCUUGGAACAAACGAAACACACGAAAAACAGCAAGAUAAACUUAAACAUUUUUGUCAAUGUGAAAGCGAAAAGAACAAGAAACAAAACACAGGCGGCUUGGUGCGCCUCCUCGCCGACAGGUGGCGUCCUGGUGAUGUGUCCUGUGGAUGUCACUUGGUCCCCGGGAAUGAGGCACCCAUGCACGGGGGGAAAACGGGCGUGGGAAAUGAAAGAAAUUAUAUAAAAUACAAGCAUAUGAAAUGCCUAUCUUUAAAAAGAACAUGAAGAUCUAUAUAUAUAUAUAUGUAAAUGUAUAUUUAUGUAUGUGAGAGAAAUGCGUAUUUAUGUCGCAAAAUAUCGUACAUUAAUCAAAUCGGAGGAGAUCUGAAGAAAAGCUAGGAAAGCAUAUAUAUAUAUGAACCGAUGGAAAAAGAAAAGAGAUCGGGAAUAUUUUUUAAGCAAAACGGAUUAUGAAAUAUGUAUAUGCAAAAAAAAUAACUGCCAAGAACUAUUCAAGUUAAAUGAUGUUCUCUAAGUAGUUAUAAAAGUGUAUCUGAGGAAUAUAUUUUGUGGUAGCAUUAAAGUAAACUAAAAUAUAAAGAAAGAUCAAGAUAUAGAGAAACAAGAAACGGAAUACAACAGAGUUCAAUAAACAAAGAAAUCAAAUCCCUUUCGAAAAGCGAGUAACACUGAAAUUGCUGAAUACUUAUUUGUCCUUAGUUUCAUCCUCUUAAGCAAUUGGCCGUACUUAAAAACUCGAUCUAUAUAUAUAUUAUAUACACACAUAUAUAUCUUAUCUUUCCAACUUAAAAACUAGUUUUGUCGAAGCUUUGAGCUUUGUUCGACCAUUUAGGCAUUGACUACUGUACUCCAUGCAUGUGAUGCACCAUGAACGAAAACACAAAUUUUGAAAAGCGGAAUUCAAACAAAAACGAAAGAAAUCAACUGAUGUUAGUAUUUACAUACAUACAUGCCACUAUACAUACUUUCAUACAUACAUACUAAAACGAGACCACCUUUACAUUAAAAAAAGAAACAAGAACAAACAUUAAAACACAUCAAAGUACAGUCAGCGACAUGAAGCCGCAUGCAGCCGAUUAAGAUGUAUUAAAAUCUCAAUUCAAGAUUGCAAUAAAGCGCAUUUUUAGCUCA